AUCAUGAAGAUGUCCCGAAGCGAAAAGGCGUUUAAAAUUGUACAUUUUUAAUGGAUUACUGCACCAGAACAGUUCUGACAAGUUUUGCUCCAUCAGCUCCUUCUGGCAGGUUUUCUUCAUUAAUAUCUCAGUGUAUAAAACAAAAGAGUACCGAGUUGGUGCAGCAGAUGGACUGAGUUAAUAUGUUUCUGUGUAGAUUACUGUAAUGUUUAAUCAAAGCAGGCAAUGAUGCGUUCAAAGACCUGGGUUGCUGGAGGGAAACUGCAGCUUGUGGCCACAGAGGAGAGAUUAUAAAGAGAAGGAGGGAUGUUGAAACAAGACUACAGACUGUUGCAAAUGUAAGAACCGUGCAGCUGCAGCUCAGCCUCCACUUCCUGUGUGGAUCUCCCUCCUACAGGCUGCACCAGCCGGUUAGGACACGUCGCUGUUAGGACUCGACGCUGCAGUCAUGUCCCGGUCCAGUCGGCGGUACAAGCCCCUGCAGCAGAGCAACGGAGGCGGCGGCCCCGGCGGCUCUUUCCCCGGCUGGGACCGGGUGCGGAUGCCCCGGGCCCGGGUGCUGCUGCUCUGCCUCCUCGGGGUCCUGGUCCUGGCGGUGGUGCUGGGGGUCUACCUGUCAAACGACAUCUCCGAUGGACACGUGAACCACAUGCCGGCCGCAGACCUGACCAGAGACCGGUUGUCCCAUAAACCCAGUAAAUGCUCUCCGGCUCAGAUCCGCCGUCUGGCCUCUCAGGUGGAUGGUUCCCGUCUGUGGGAGACUCACCUGCGGCCCCUCCUCAUAGAGCGUCUCCCAGGGACCCCAGGCAGCCUGGCGGUCCAGCAGCACAUCACCUCCUCCCUGUCCUCCCUGUCUGCCGGCUGGGCCGUAGACCUGGACUCCUUCCAGUCCUCCACCCCUCGGGGCCAGGUCACCUUCACCAACAUCGUAGCCACUCUGGACCCCUCGGCCCCCCGCAGGCUGCUCCUGGCCUGCCAUUUUGACUCCAAGGCUCUGCCUCCGGACCCCCGGGCCCCAGAGAAGGUGUUCCUGGGGGCCAGUGACUCGGCGGUGCCCUGCGCCAUGAUCCUGGAGCUGGUCACCUCGCUGGACGCCCAGCUCAGAUCCUUCAAACAGCAGAAACUGCCAGUGUCUCUGCAGCUGGUGUUUUUUGACGGCGAGGAGUCGUUUGAGGAGUGGACCGCCACCGACUCGCUGUACGGCUCCCGUCACCUGGCGGAGCGCAUGGCCAACACGCCCCACCCUGCAGGCGCCACACACACCACCAUGCUGCAGGCUGUGGACCUCUUCGUGCUGCUCGACCUGCUCGGCGGUCCCGAUCCUCUGAUUGCGAAUCACUUUGAUAACACGGCGCGCUGGUUUGACCGUCUGAUCGCUGCAGAGAAGAGACUCCAUCGACAGGGUCUCCUGACCUCUCACCCCUCGGAGCAGACCUACUUUAGGAAGGACGUGUACCUGGGACCGGUGCAGGACGACCACAUCCCCUUCCUCCACAAAGGCGUCCCCGUACUUCACGUCAUCGCGACUCCGUUCCCUCAGUUCUGGCACACGCUGGACGACACCGAGGAGAACAUGCACCGUCCCACUGUGGUCAACCUGACUAAGAUCAUGGCCGUGUUUCUGGCAGAAUAUCUCGGCUUCUGAACACAAAACUCUGACAAAUAUUCACGGUGAAAGUUCUCACUUUACAGCCCCGUACUGGAGGUUCUUGUGCCGUUUGUCACACUGAUAAUGACAAAUAAUCGCUAAAUGACCAGCAUGACUUGGAGUCAAAUGCACAAGAGAAAAUCUUUGUGAAAUGAACUAAACUUUUGGGAGACCAGCUCAAACUUUACCAAAGACUUGCCCCUGCUGGACCGACCACUCCAUGGAGGCUCCUAAUGUCUGGACAUGUGAGGUGGAAACGAGGAGUCUUAAUCAAUAUGAAUAGUUCUUGGAUCAUGGUACCAGAGAAACAGAUGUGAAUUCAAAAUCACUCUAAAUUAUUUUCUUUCUUUCCUGUGAAAAAAAUGAUUACGAUUGAGAUGCACUAAUGACUUUAUAACGGCCUCGGAGCUGCUGUGAACACUGGGUCGUAUCUGUGAACAUUUAUUUACCUUCACAUAACUGAGGAGCCUCUCGGCCUUAUAACCUGCUGUUAUUCAAUGAUAGCCAUAUUAUACGGCUAUAUUACACAUUUUAUGACAGUGUAUUGAUGUUAUUGGAGUGAAAAUCCCCCCAAAAAUGUUAAUUAUGUUAAUUUACACCUUGACAAAGGUGUUGUGAAAAGUCUGCAAUAAAGUUCAAAUGGUUUUAUUCAGUUUUUAUUCAGUUUCUCUCAAAAAACACUGAAAAAUGCUCAAAAAUAUCUAUCACCUCUACAUAUAACAUGCAGGGAGUUUUCAGCAGUGUAUUUUACCCAUUUUACAACCCUGAUUUUAAAAAAGAUGGAUACAUUUGUGACCUACAUUCAAUUAAAUACAAUACA